CGGCUAAACCUGUCUGUGCUCAUCGUACUCAUGUGACGACUUGUCGUCAAUAUCUACUUUGUUGGUUGUCUGAACUGUCAGAAAAAAACGAAUUUUAAAUUAAUUAGAUUGGUAUUAUUUUCUUAAAAAUGGGAGCUUCAUCUGCACCUAUAUUAAUUUUUACAUUAUUUUGGGGAGCAAUUGGAAUUGCAUUACCUAUUUUUGUUCCCAAAGGACCUAAUCGUGGAAUCUUGCAAGUGAUCUUAAUGCUAACAGCUUUCACAUGUUGGUUAUUCUGGUUAUGCUGUUACAUGGCCCAAAUGAAUCCUUUAAUUGGGCCAAAAAUAAAAAACACGACACUUUUAUUGAUGGCAACAGAAUGGAAUGACUACACUCCCAAAUAAGACCAAUUUCUUCAUGUAUAUAUAUAUAAUUGUAAAUAAAUAAAGUUUAUAAAUAUUGCCAUGUAUUACAUUGUUACAAUGAGAUGAGGCAAGAUAAUAUAACAAUAUUAAUCACUUGUAGAAUCAACUUUUGAAAUGUGUUAGUUGGCUUGAUAUAAAACCUUCCAUAAAAUAUAAAAAUAAUUUUUCAGACUUAUUUUAUUGUUUUUCUUAACAAAGUGUUCAAUAAUUGAUGAUUGUAUAUUUAAUUUAAAAAUUGUACUGUCUUAUUCUUGCUUAUAUAUAGUUUGUCAAGAAUGUUAUAAUAAUUAUAUGUAUGUCAAUAUGUAUGUAUAAAUACGUGUUAUUGAAUCACAGAAUAAAUGAAAAAUAAAUACA